AUGAACAUCGUGGUGUUUGGGGCUACGGGUAUGGUCGGCGGAUCGGUGAUCAAGGCCCUGCUGAAGAGCAGUCAGAAGAUCAAGGUGAAGGCUGUGACCAGAACACCCACCAGCGAUGCUUCUAGGCAGUUAGCUGAGGAUGGUGUCAUCAUAGCAACGGCGGAUCUGAAUGAUCCACGAAGUUUGGAGAGGGCUUUAAGCGGAGCAUCCUGUGUUUUUCUUUCAACACAUUACUGGGAACAUUUCAACAAAGACAAGGAAAUACACCAGGCAAGUCUUGGUAUGAACGCAGUGGACGCGUGUGUCCAAGCCGGAGUAAACCACAUCAUAUUUCACGGAGGAGAGAAUCCUAAACGGAUGAUGGACAAGGAAUGUGGAUACCUCGAGUCAAAAUCAGCAAUAGAGGAAUAUAUUAUGGAGAAAUGUUAUACGAUGAACUACACAUUUCUACGAUUACCAUUUUUAUACGAGAAUCUACUCAGCGUUUUUAAACCACAUUUCAUCAGACCCGACACAUACGCUUUAGCCUUGCCUUUAGAGGAUAUACCAAUAGACUGUAUGAGUAUAGCGGACAUUGGUAAAGUUGUGUACGUCAUAAUGGGCCGACCCAAGCAAUACCUGAACAAAACUAUUAACCUGUCGGCCGAGAAGAUCACAAUUCAUCACAUGGCCGAGGUCCUGACGAAACAGAUAGAAGAUAAACGGUUCAUCUGUCCGAAGAUUCGUAUCAAAGAUUAUGAACAAUUUCAUUUCAAGGGAGCGAGUGAUAUGGCGGCCUUAUUUGAAUAUUAUCAAUGUCCCAAACAAUCGGGGGAUAUCAAACUGACUCGCAACAUCUACGGACAUCCGGUUUCCUUUGAAAAAUGGGUUCACGAAAAUGAGGAACAACUCACAGAAGUCUUAAAAUCGGAGGAGUGA